UAUCUUGUACUUUCCACGCCUUUCUGCUGUUUUCGUCAGUUGCAGUUUAAUCAUUACCAAACAUUUAGAAGUUUGUUUGUUUGUUUGUUUGUUUAUAUAAAUAUUCUCUAAAAACAAUGGCAGCGUCAAAUGCCGAACUUGUGCCGCGAGAAAGAAGUGGACACACGGCCGUGGUCUCAGAAAACACUUUAUUUGUGUGGGGAGGUUAUGUGUCAGCAGCUGAUCUUGAAGUUUUCCUCCCAAACAAUGAGAUCUGGUUGUAUGACCUGGACACUGGGUUAUGGAAUAGGUGUGACAUGAGUGGUGAAGUUCCACCACCUAUGUCAGGUACCUGUGGUUGCAAUCUAAAUGGAAUCAUGUAUAUAUUUGGUGGUUGCAGUGAUGAUGGUCAGACCAAUGAGCAUUAUUCUGUCAAUCUCCACAAUGGGAAUUAUGCAUGGAAGAAGCUGAGACAUUGUGCAGGGUUACUGCCGACACCCCGUGACAAGCUUUCCUGUUGGGUUCACAAAGGAAGGAUUAUUUACUUUGGUGGAUAUGGUCAUAAGCUUCGCAGUGAAAUCACCAACCCUGGCACUUUUGUUGUGGAUGAAACUUCUUGGGCUGAAGACAUCUUAUGGGGCUGGAACAGUGAAGUUCAUGUGUUUGACUCAGAUUCAAAAUGUUGGACACAACCACAAACUUUUGGGCAUGCCCCUGCCCCGAGGGCUGCCCAUGCCAGUGCCACCAUAGGUAAUAAAGGGUAUGUCUGUGGAGGACGAAUAAUGGAGACAAGAAUAUGUGACCUUCAUUGUCUGGAUUUAAAUACAUGGAUGUGGUAUGAAAUUGUUCUAACCAGCACACUUCCUUUGGGCCGAUCAUGGCAUACACUAAAUGCAGUUUCAGAGACAACGCUCUUUCUCUUUGGUGGACUUAGUGUGGAUUGCACACCCAUGAGUGAUGGUUGGAUUUUUGAUCUGAAGACAAAUCAAUGGGCAGAAAUUAAGCAUUCAAACAUGGAUAAACCACGGCUAUGGCACACUGCUUGUGUGGGAGGGAAAUCAGAUGUUAUUGUCUUUGGAGGAAGUCAUGAUUAUAUUCUUUUAGUGGACUCUGGUCAUUGCAAUGACAUUCUUGUGUUCCAAACCCAGCCUUACUCAUUAAUACGGUUAUGUGAGGACUUCAUUGCAAGCAAUGCCAAAAUGUUUCAGUCCGAGCUUGCAGGUUUACCACAUAAAUUAAUGUACAGUAUGCAGAAGAGGAUAACCUUUUUCAGAUCCAUAAAAAAAUCACAGAAUGUCAUCAAACCACUUGAGUAAUUUUGUCUGGAAAGACGAGAUGAUGUGUAGAACAUGUCUAUGAUGUAUAUGUCUAUGAUGAAUAUGUAGAAAAUGUGUAAAUUUGGGUAAGGUCUAGUAAAUAAUGUUAACUUCUUUUGAGGAAGUUUAACAUAUCGCCACUGUCAGGCGGAAUCCUCGUAUCUCCAAAACCGGUAUUUUUCAGGAAAUUAAAAAAACGCCGUACCUUAUCUGCAAUGCACAGGGUUUAGUCUGCGUUGCAUUGGAUUGUCUUGCGCUAAAUUCCUGUCCUCAGACGAGCACCAGAACUAGCGGGGGUCAAGAUUUUUUUUUCUUUGAGCCCAGUGUUUUGAAGACAUUUACCUCAGAAGACGUGUUGAUUCGUUGCGACUCUUCUUGAGGAGAAAUAUGCCGCAAAUCGGAGUGAGGAAGAGGUGGACAGUUGAAGUGUCCAAUGGAGUUAUGAGAUUUGCGCUCAAGCUAUUUUCAAGACUUUAGAUUGGUUAAUAACUUGUAAAAAUAACAGACCCACGUGGGGACUGACCAAUAGCAUCGAUAUGUGAAAAAAUAUGAAAUUGACCAAAUUUGGACAUACAAAUUUCCAAAAAAAAGUUUCCGCCCGACAGCGACGAUAUAGAGCUCUACUUCAUUGCACUCUGUUGAUUAUCACAAGGAGAGAGGGGAAAAAACUUUCUGAAAUAAAAAUAUAUUAUUUUGUGUGAAUUUACAUGAUAUUAGAGAAUAUAUAUUGCAAAUUAAGUUUUUUGCAAAUUAGGUUUUGAUUACUUACUUGCUUGGUUCAAACCAGUUUGUUUUGCAUUAAUGUGACUAAUGUUAUUAAUUAAAUUAUUAAUGUGUAAAAAGUUAUUGAUCCUCUGCACACUGACUUU